AUGAAAUUACAAUAAUUUAGAGAACCUAUUGACCAAAAUUAAUCUAAAUUAUAAUAUCGUUUCUUAUCAUAACCUUACUCACGCAUUCACUUUACUAAGUAAUCAUUAAAAUUACCUUAACUUUAUUUUCUAUAUAUGAGAAAUCUGAUCUUAAAUAGUUUGUUUCAAAAAUAAGGCAGAUUUACAACAUUAAUGGCAAGUUUAAGUAAUGAUGUAAAUCACAGUAAAAAAAAUGAAUUAAUCGUAUUAAAGAGAGAGCGAAUAAUUUAUACAAAGUUAGGAAAUCAAAAAAGUAAAAUAAAAGUAUAUGUAAACAAGCAGUUCUUGAGAGGAUGCAUGUUUCUACCUUAUUUAACAUUUUGGCUCAGAAUCCUUAGCUAAACUUUCUUAAUUAAAUGGUUAAUUCUUAAUAACAAGAAAUUAAGAGAAUUAUAGUGAGCUCUAUUUUGACCACCGUAAUGGGAUAAAAUUUCAAUAUCUUCAGUUGCUUCAAAGAUAGAGUCAAUACAACCAAUGAUUUGAAAGAUAGUUUAUGUUAGUUCAUUUUAAAUGGAUUGGUCCAUGCUUGUGAUAUUUCAAAUUACAUGAUUGAAGUGGGAUUCAUAUAUAAAAUGGUCAUUUUGUUAACUAAAGAAUUUUAAGAUUAAGUAUAUCAAUCUUUUAUUUUAGACUUUAAAAGAGGCAGCAAAAAGAUUGGAUGUAACAACAAUGCUGAAAUAUAGGAUAAAAUUACCUUCUAUUAUAGCGAAACAUUUUUCUUAAGUAAUUUUUUAUAUCUAGUUCUUAGAUACAUUUGUAUUGCCAUAAUCGUAAAUGAUUGCAGCAUUGAAAACAAGUUUCCUCGAUUUGCCUAGAGAAGUUAAGAGAAGUCUGGAGAUCUUGGAAGAAGAGAAAAAGAAGAUAAGCAAUUGAUUUUAGUUAUAUUAAUAAAUAUCCAAAAUAAUAUGAAGAAGGCAGUAAAGGAGGCUGAGAGAAUAUCAUCUAAAAUAUCAUCUCCCAUGAUCGUUGAUCUAUUUGAAUCUUAGGGAUCAGGUCUAAUGCCAUACUUAAAGAAUGCAUUGAAAACUAGAUUAGCAUUGAAUUAAGCAGAAUCUUGUUUCAUCGGUAUUAGGAGUCUCAAAGUUAUUUAGAUUUUAAAAGAAGUUAGUUUCCAUUGUUCGCAAAGGAUAGAUAUUUCGAAUUCUUAGAAGCCUAUAAUAGAAAGAGCAAAGUAGAUUUAAUUAGAUUAUUGUCUGUUCCAUUAUAUGAUGUAUUGCAUUAUUUAAUUGUUAGAUUGUUAAAGCUAGUCUAAAGGACAAUAAACCCUUGCCUUUUAAAUUAUAUAAAGAGAUGACUGAUGCCUAAAUGGUUUAGGCUAGAUUAUUUUCAUAAAAGAAGAUGGCACUGCAAUCAUCAUAAACAUGGCAUCAAAUUACUGUUAAAUUUAAUUUUAUAGAUCCAGAAACUAAGAAGGAUGUUGUAAAAUACAAUGUUCUAGAAAGAAGAGAAUCAGAUAGUUCUGAGAAGGAUUGGCGUAUAUGUAAAUUAGAUUGAUUUAAAAC